UAUCAACACAGUAAGCAGAUCCAUAACAAACAUUGUGUAGAAAUGGCUCAUUGGUUCCAUAGAAAUGUUUUUAAAGCGACAGCACCAGUUAAUUUCGAUCUAAAACUAAUAGCCAUGGAUGGUGAAGCAUUAAAAAUUUGUAGUGACCUGAAGCAGUCCAGAGCACGGCUUAUUCAGUUAUUCCCAGAUGCCAACCAUGCUCCGGAGACCGUUGAUGUUGCUUUCAAUCAGUAUAUGGCUAUUUUUAUUGGUUUUUUAACUGCACCUGACAGUAAAAAUACUGGAGUAGAAAGUAAGAUGCGUUAUAGCGUGCUUUUUAAGUGGACACACACUCUGCUGGGAAAUAAACCGCAGUUGAUGAGAGACUCAUAUUUUGAGGGUGCUAACAUGAGUUACAAUGUAGCAAUUUGGUACAUGAAACACGCAGCCAUGCUUGCUGGAAAGGAUGACAUCACCAUGGAAGAAGCAAAGGAAGUGCACAAAUGCCUAAGGAAAGCUGCUGGCAUAUUCAGGUUUAUUCAAUCCCAGUAUUUGCCUCAGUUACCAGGGAAACAGCUUGAGGGUGGUGAUCUUGAUCCACGUGUCCUAUCUGCUUACUUGACACAAUGCACUGCAGAAGCACAAGAAGUCACAGUUGCAAGGGCAGUGGAACUGAAACACAAUCCAAGCUUAAUAUCAGCUUUAUCGAAUGAGACAUCCAAAAUGUUUGCUGAUGCUGCAACAGUAUUAGCUACAGUUGAGCAAGCAAAGCAGUGGGUGCUCUACCUGAAGAUUAAGGCAGCUUUCUAUGAAGCUUAUGCAUACACUUUUUGUGGAGAAAAUCUCUUGUCACAGGACAAGUGUGGAGAAGCUGUAAGGGGCUUACAGGAGGGUCAAACCAGUUAUAAAAGGGCAAUAGAACUUAGUAAGGAAUAUGCAAAAACUAAAGGCCCUGCUCCAAAAGUGCAGCCAGAAACUCAUGCAUCUUUUCGUCGGUUGUCACCACUUCUAAACCGAACCUUGGAAAAGUGUGUAAGAGAAAAUGGAUUCAUCUACCAUCAGAAGGUACCUGCUGAUCCACCUGAACUAGAACAUAAGGCAACCUAUGGGCUGGCCAGCCCUGAGGAAUUCUCAAUGCCAUCACCAUGUCCUCUCUGGAACCCUGCAUCAUAUGCUGCAUUUGAUGACUCUAAAAAUGCUGCAGCCAAUGAUCCAACAACCAGCUCGAAUACAGCAGCAAAACUGGAAGGAGAACUUCCAGCAGUGAAGGAAGCUCAAGUUCACCAGUCAUCUAAGGACCCAAAGACUGAAAGUGGAUGCAGCAUACAAUAACAUAAAUAUUUCAGUGGUACUAUUGGUUCUGGGGCAAGUCAAGCUUACGAAGUGCAGCUGUUUAUAUGUCUGUGUUAUCACAGAUUGCGUAAACUAUUCCUGUUCACACACACUCUAUAACCAAAUACAUAAAUGUAACAUUUAACUAUUUGUGGCAAUUUCUUUGCUUUUAGUUGUGCCUCUUGGGCUUGAUAUGCAGUUUUACAUGUGUAGUAUCAAUUUUAAUUAAUAUUGUAAAAGUGCUAUUACUUAAUGUUGUUUUGCUUCAUAUUAGGCAGAGUCAAUAUUCUGCUCUCAAAGCUAGAUGUCUAUAUACUGAAAAUAUAAUGUCUUAAAGACUGUAAUUAUUACAACAUUUGUUUUAUUUUCAAAGUAUUAUCUUCUACUGUAUAAUUAACUGUUUGCACGUACCUUGUUGUUCCUGAAGAGGAAAGUUUUGACAUUGAUUACUACAGUUCCUUUAACAUUAAUUUUAUUUUUUCAUAUUUUAGUGGAAGCAUUUAUUUAUUUAUUUACAAAAUAAUUGUAAGAUAAAGAUGUAGAGAAGAAAAUAUAUAUUUACAAAGAAAUUGUAUAUAAAAAUUAUAUUUUUAAAAGUUAUGUGGUACAUGCUUUAAUGCUGAUGUGAUAAUUACAUUUGUGCUUUUUGAGUGGGGUACUCUGUUUUAUGAGUUAUAUGUUGCCUGAUUAUUUUAAUAGCAGAUAAAUGUGAAUAUUUUUACCAGUUAACACUUUUGUGUUACUACCUGUAGAUGGCGCAAUUAUUGUACAAAAGUAUGCUUUGUAUAUGGGCAAGUGCUGUAAGAUUUUAAGCCUUCAACAUUAUUAGAAACCGAUCACUGUAUCCAAACACAAAACAGAACUUUUUAACAAAUAUUCAAUUGAUUGGACAUUGACAGGAAGUGGUAGAAUGGUGAUUGGCUACUGGAGGACUCAACUGUUGUGUUCAUUAGGUGUUAGAAAUUUCACUUCCUAUGCUUUCAUGAGGGUUACUUCUAAGUUAAUACAGUACUCAAAGGAUUUAAAAGUGUAUAAUGUAAACAGCAGUGCUUCUGCAGUAUUCCUCAUCUUUGUUAUGAAGACCCCAUGUCUGUCUAAAAUAAGAAUGAGUACCUAAAGUAAAGGAAAGGCAACUACUCACCUAUAGCAAACUGAUGUGUGGUACAUAGACACAUGUAAAAGAACACAGUAUUAACUAGAUUUCACACCCUGACUCUUCUUUUAGCAGAAAAUACACACACUACCAUGCAGGCACCCAUAUGCACACUGAAAAUACUUCCCUAAUCUAAGGUUUGUUUGGUUUCAAUUUCAUGGCUGUAGACUUGUUUGUGCUGAGCAAUUGGUAUGUCGCACUGAAGUGUCCAGCAAUAGUCAGCCACAACAACACAAAUUUUAAAGAGCAAAGAUGCCGCAGUAGUGUGCGAUGCUGCUCUCUGAUAACACUGAAAAACAGAGUUUAAAAAUUGGCAAAUAUCGUGGUAUCCAACACUUAUUCUAAGACAAGUGAAACAUGCUGAUUCGAAAUACACAAACCAUUUGUCUCUACCAUGCACCAUAUUUUAGUACUACGUGAUGCACAUGCUAUAUAGUAAUAUCUAGUUCAAGAUAUAAUACACACAAAAUCCAUACACAUUGACAAUACUUCUUUAAUUUAAAGUGUGUUUGGUUUGAAUUUCUUGGCUGUAGACUUGUGUUCAUGCUGAGCAUUUGGUAUGUCACGCUGAAGUGUCCAGCACUAGUUAGCUAACAUUGCUGUAGUCCAUCAGCGCUGAUACUGUGACUCUAUUACUGAGUUAUCCUGUUGAAAAUGUUCACAUGUUUGUCACUCGCUGAACCUAGGUUUUUGGGGAAGAAGUCAAGAUGUGAGUUGAGGAGAUGAAUUUUGAGGGACAUGUUGCACCCAGCUGUUUGUAUGCACUGAUGCACUUCUUCACAACAUUGACAUAGUCAGCAGAUUUAUAAUUUACAGCUGAUUUGUAUACCACCCAUGCAUUUCUUUCUGAAUCAUUCAGUAAGUCUUGGAAAUGACUGUUAACAAUUACCUUCCUUAUUUGUGGACCUAUGGACUCACCUUCUUUCACUUUCAUAUAACUCAACUCUGGAAACUUGUUGCACAAAUAUCAAAAAGCAUCUGAAUCAUUGUCUAGUGCCUUCACAAGGUUGUUCAUGAGCCCCAGCUUGUUAUAAAGUGGUGGUGUGCUAACUUUGUCACAGUCAGUCAGUGGCACAUGAAGGACAUUUUUAUUUCCUGGCUAGAUUCGUUUCUGAUUGGCCAAUUUUUCUUUAUGUAGUGGUGCUUACUACUCUGCUGUACCACUUGCAGAUAAAACAGCAGUACUUGGUGUACCUUUUCUCUAUUCCCAUGAAAAUGGUGAUAACUUUUAAGUGGCCACAGUACACCAUUUAUACUCAUGAUACCACACUUUUUUUUUUUUUUUCAAAAAGUAACAACAUAUUUUAAUAUGUCUCUUUCAGGAGGGUGGAAUAUCCAGCUGAUACUGCUGCAUACUUGUUUCCUUAUAAAAUAACAUUGCUUUCAAACUCUCUUUUAGAUGAGUUAAUGAAGAACCACCAUGCUUCAAUGUUGUGAUCUACCCCGAGGAUUGACAUGAGGCAACAAAUGCCUGUACAGUAGCAAAUAGUGUCACUCAUUGCAAAGAAUUUCACAAAUUCUUCAUUUCUGUGGCAAAAAUAUGAAGUCAUUGUAUCCAGUGCAAGCAAAUUAAAUUCUUUAAUGCACAAAGUGAGCAUUUCAGCUUGUUAGUGCCAGUCCAGUACAAAAUCACAAAGAUCAGCAUUGUUCAUUAAAUGAAUACCUUCUCCAGAUUGGUAAUCAAAGUCUGAUACAUUGCUCAAAGAUGAAAGAGAACUUUCUUGCGUUUCUUCAUCAACUGUAUUUUCUGGAGGUGCUAUUUAUUGGCAUUAAACAAGUGGUGGGAUCAUGUGGAACUGGUUUAGAAACCAAGAGAACAUUGGGCU